AUGGCGGGCCCUGAUCCCUCCGACCGCCAGCCGGCGCCCGACGGCGCCCGCCGCCUCCCCUGGACCACCGUGGUGAUCCUCGUCGUCCUCGCCGGCAACUUCGUGCUCUCCGUCCGCCGCGUCCGCGACAACCGUGGCGCGCUCGCCUUCAUUAUCGGCCUCUCCCACCUCAACCUGCUCGCCCUCUUCUACGCCACCCGCCGCUUCCAGCUCUCGCCGCCCGGGUCGGUGGCCCAGGGCCGGGCCAGGCUUGCCGUGUGGCUCCUCACCACGACGCUCACGGCCGGCUUCACCUGGAAGCUCGGCACGAUGCUGCCCCUCGGCUUCAUGAUCCUGGCCUGGGUGAUGGCCGCUGCCACAGUGCUCGGUGGUUUCCACCUCAUGUUCGUCCAUGGCCACAAGUGA